UCUAGGCUGGCUGAUUACAUGGUGAACUGCGAGGUGACUCCGCAGACCGUGAGCACCUGUCCCAACCAAGACAAUCACCAAGCCUGUUUGGCCUCCUACGCACGGCUCAUCGGGACAGAAAUGACUCCCAACUAUGUCGACAGCAGCUUCUCCAACUGGACCGUUUCCCCGUGGUGCAGCUGUAAGGGCAGCGGCAACCAGGAAGAGGAAUGCUCCAACUUCCUGCGGGAAUUCACGCAUAACACAUGCCUGAGAAACGCCAUCCAGGCCUUCGGCUACGGGUUAGACAACAUGCAGAACAAAAAUGCGUCCGUCCCCGGCCCCUCGGCGACAACGAAGACGGGUUCUGAUUGGACAACAGCCCCCUCAGAACAUCCCUUUGUCAUCAUCCACAAGUAUCCUGAUCCAAGUGAGGUUGGCCUGGGCAAGACCCGUGGCCUGCCAGAGGACCACUCUGCCUGUCUGUGUGCCAACGUCUGGGCGCUGGUUCCCGCCCUGGCCUUGGCUCUGGUCCUGGCCCAGCAUGCCUUAUAGAAGCGCCAGGAGGAGAGAAAAGAGGUCAUCCACCCACAAGCUGAUCCCAAAAGCAGAAGGUGUUAUUUCGGAGACUGAUAUUAAGAAGGCUGAAUCUCUCUGCGGUCGACGUAAAAUGGCAUUUAUGAAACAGGAGAAAAAAAACAAAAAGGGAAAAUAUUGAAAUUUCGCAAUUGUGAAUUUGUUGUUCAUUUGAUGUAUUGUUAGGUCGGAACACGACUUUGAUGGAGCACAUGGCUUUUUAAAGAGUUCCCUUGGUAGGAGAGGCCAUUCUCCAGAAAUGACUCUCUCUCAGACACAAAUUCCUGGAGGACUGAAGCUGAUCAUUUCAAAGACUUCUGCACGUUUUCGCACCAAAGGAGGGAGAGAGGGAAUGAACAACCUAAUUAAAAGAAGACUGGAUUGACAGAAAAUAAAUUGUUGCAGAGAUAAAGGGAAUGAGCAAGAGGUAAAUGGGGUAGAGCGGUAGAGGGUGGGAGAGAGAGAGAAAGAGACAUAUUUCUGCUUUCAGUCACACUUUUUUUGUCUUGAAUUGGUUCUCGACUUAAUCUUCUCUCAGAUGAACAGACCGCACAUUUAGGGGAGGGGAUGGGAGAUGAUUACAUUCUGUCUCUUCAACACUACUGUAAACUCUAAACUGUAAAGCCUACUCAGUGUUAUAAGUGUUGGUAUAGUAUCCGUGACCAUAAUCAAACUACCGUACAGAUCUUUCAUUUGGGUACUUUUUCAGCAGGGCGGCGAAAAGAACUUAACGAUGGUGACGUAGUUAACGGUCCUUUGGUCAUUUGAGCUGUGUUUGUUAAUGACUGUGGGUGUGCGCCAAACGUCCACCUUCACAUGUGUAUUUUUCUGUCUCUAUGUAUAUAUACAACUCUUUUCUUUCAUUCAACCAAAUGAUGUACCUUGAAUGGACUGUACUCUAAGAUGACUCUGUACUGGGACGAAUUGAAGGCCUUCAUUAUCUGCGUUUAUAUUUGUCUAUAAAGUAUUGAUCACAAAGAAUGUAUACAGGGAUGAGAUUAAACAAGCUCAAACUGCUUGGAAAGCCAUAA